AUGGAAAAAUUGUGGAAUGCGAAAAGAAUAGGGUUUUGGAUUAUACUAAAAUAUAAAGGAUUGGGUAGUGUUGGCUAUAUCGCUAGCAGGUCAGGGUCGAAUACCCGCCAAAACGUAGAUAUCACACCCAGGGAGGCUGUGAGAAGAAUCGGGGAUGAGCUCACUGUGCUCUGUAAAGUUCCUUACAACAUCGACUCUUGCAGAAUGACAGUAGGCACCACCUCGUACAGAUUAAUACCGGACAACAUUGAUGGUGAUGUCAUAUACGCUGGACAAGGACUAAAGAAUGGCGAAUGCGGAGCACUGAUCAAAAAUAUAAAAGAAGAAUGGAACGGCAAUAUCUCUUGCGUUUUGCCGCCUCCUACUGGAAGCAUCGAGCUCACUGGAACCAUGAGACUUAUGGUUGCACGUGCUCCAGGCGAACCUCACCUGAUCUCCCCUCCACAAUCAUCUUUCAGAGAGGGCGACGACUUCAUGGCUCAGUGUGUAGUACCCAAUGGUCGACCAGCUGCGAAGAUCACCUGGCUCUUGGGUAACCAAGAUCUUCUAGCAGGCGUCCACAUGCCUGUUUUGACUUCGGAACCAGGCAGCGACCUGGUGACCAUCAUGCAGAAUGUCUCCCGUAAACUGACAGCGGAUGACGACAACACAUUGCUGGUAUGCAGAGCUGAGCAUGAGGCCUUGGAGAAACCUAUGGAAGCCAAGAGACAGCUGGUGGUUCACUAUCCUCCAACUCGUGAAGACCCCUCGGGCUCCAACCUGAUCACCAUCUUUGGCCUGAAGCUGGGCGCCGAGGGCCGGCUCAACGUGACCGUCCGCGCCAACCCCGCGCCCAUCGCCGAGUGGACGGUGGAGGGCGUGCAUGUGCAAGCCCCCAACAGUGACCAUCCCUCCUUCAAUGCCCUUGCUCCUCAUUUCUUGGGCAAUGGCUACUACAACGUGACUCUGAUCCUGUCCACCAUCGAGAAGGAAGACGUGGAGAACACGUACUUGCUCCGCGUCAGCAAUGACCUCGGCACCGAACUGUACAGUGUUAAGAUCAGCACCAUGGCGGAACCUGCUGGCGUGGAGCUGAGCACCGGUGCCAUCGUGGGCAUCGUCAUCGGAGUCCUUGUAGUGCUGAUUGCCGCAGUCCUGGUAGUGCUUGCAUAUGCGACCGACAGGUGGUGCUUCGCCGGGCGAUCUCACCGGACCGAUAUACCAGACGGAGCAGACUCGGAAGCUCCGUUACCACCCCACGACGACAUCAAAGGUUCCGAAAACCCCACCCACGACCACGGGGAUUACAUCAGCAAUGGAGACACCAAACACCCAGAAAAAAAGCCCGACACCGAGGUCUAA